GCGAUAGCACUUGCGAUACACUGUCAGCAGUUUACAGCAUUUACUUGUUACACGCCAGCCAAACGCUCUGCUACAAAGAUUCAUAUCAAAAAAGGAAAAUUAACACCAAGUCAUUGUUUCUGCAUCAUUUUUUGGUCAAUUUUCAAAGAUGUCGAAUAAAUUCAAUUUGAAGUCAUCCGAUGAUAAAAUAUUGGAAAUAAGUCCACAAGCGCUCAAACACUUGCAAACUCUUUGUUGCAUGAUCGAAUUAACCAAUCUUCCGAUUACCGAUGCCAUACCGGUGAAAAGAGUCCACUCGACCAUUCUGGAAAUCAUUGUAAAAUGGGCCGAACAUCACAAAGACGAUUCUAUUCCGGAAAAAGAAAUGUAUGACUACUACCCAAAUCGAAACGUUCCAAUAUCGGCAUGGGAUCAAGAAUUAUUCACGGUUGAUCAAGCUACAUUGUUUGAACUCAUUGUCGCCGGUGAAUUUUUGAAUGUGAAAAGAUUCUUGGAAACCGCUUACAAAACGGUGGCAAACAUGAUAAAGGGCAAAUCACCAGAUGAAAUUCGCCAAACAUUCAACAUUAACAAAGAUUUGACACCGAAUGACAUAGAAGAAUGUCUCAAAGUGGAGUCAAUGUGUGAUCCAAAGUUGUGUAAUUAGUUGAUCGAAAAUCGUUGGGACCAAUUGGUCAUAAUUUUAUAAAAUAUCUAUAUGUAUAUAAAUUCAAUAUUCACGGUGUGAUUGUCACAUUUACCUGUAGUAUGUCAUGCGAUCAAUUCGACGCUGACACAAAUUAAAACAUCAAAAAAUAAUCUUAUAAUAAAUAUUCUGUAUGUACUAAA